UUGGGUUCCGUCGCGGGGUUCCGGCGGGGCCGCGGGCGCGUUUGGGCGUUCCGGGCUCCGCGCCGCUCCCCGCCGCCCCGCCAUGGCCUUCGCCGGCCGCCGCGACGUGCCCGAGGCGCCCGACUUCGGUAUCCUGAAGCGGCUGGCGCGGGACCAGCUCAUCUACCUGCUGGAGCAGCUCCCCGGGAAGAAGGACCUGUUCAUCGAGGCCGACCUGAUGAGCCCCCUGGACCGUAUCGCCAACGUCUCCAUCCUGAAGCAGCACGAGGUGGACAAGCUGUACAAGGUGGAGAGCCGGCCGGCUCUCAGCGCCAGCGACCAGUUCUGCUUUCUCGUCCGCCCGCGGAUCAAGACGAUGAGGUACAUCGCUGAUAUUAUCAACGCUGACAAGAUGUCAGGGAGGAGCAGAAAGUACAAGAUUAUUUUCAGCCCCCAAAAGUUCUACGCUUGUGAGAUGGUGCUGGAGGAAGAGGGAGUCUUUGGUGAUGUCACCUGCGAUGAAUGGUCCUUCUACCUGCUCCCCCUGGACGAAGACAUCAUCAGCAUGGAGCUGCCCGAGUUCUUUCGCGACUACUUCUUGGAGGGAGAUCACCGCUGGAUCAACUCCGUGGCUCGAGCCCUGCAGUUACUGAACUCCCUGUACGGACCUUUCGGCAAGGCCUAUGGGAUUGGCAGGUGUGCCAAGAUGAGCUACGAGCUGUGGCGGGAGCUGGAGGAGGAGAGCGAGGGUGACGGCCAGGGCAGGAAGCCCGAGAUUGGCAACGUCUUCCUCAUGGACAGAGACACGGACUACGUGACGGCACUGUGCUCCCAGGUGGUGUACGAGGGGCUGGUGGAUGACACUUUCCGCAUCAAGUGCGGGAGCGUGGAUUUUGGGCCAGACGUCACCUCUUCUGACAAGAGUAUUAAGGUGCUGCUCAACGCCCAGGAUAAAGUCUUCAGCCAGAUUCGGAACGAGCACUUCUCCAGCGUGUUCGGCUUCCUGAGCCAGAAGUCGCGUAACCUGCAGGCACAGUACGACCGCCGCCGUGGCAUGGACAUCAAGCAAAUGAAGAACUUUGUCUCCCAGGAACUGAAGGGACUAAAGCAAGAGCAUCGCCUGCUGAGCCUGCAUAUUGGUGCCUGCGAGUCCAUCAUGAAAAAGAAAACCAAGCAGGACUUCCAGGAGAUGAUCAAGGCUGAACACUCUCUGCUGGAGGGCUUCGACAUCCGUGAGAGCACCAGCUUCAUAGAGGAGCACAUUGACCGGCAGGUGUCCCCCAUCGAGAGCCUGCGCCUGAUGUGCCUCCUGUCCAUCACAGAGAACGGUCUCAUCCCUAAAGACUACCGCUCCCUGAAAACCCAGUACCUGCAGAGCUACGGGCCUGAGCACUUGCUGACCUUCCACAACCUCAAGCGCAUCGGGCUGCUGACCGAGCAGUCGGCUGGGGAGACCCUGACUGCUGUGGAGAGCAAAGUCAGCAAGCUGGUGACGGACCGAGCUGCAGGAAAGAUCACGGAUGCGUUCAAUUCUUUGGCCAGGAAGAGCAAUUUUCGAGCCAUAAGCAAGAAGUUGGGGUUGAUCCCCCGGGCAGAUGGAGAGUACGACCUGAAAAUGCCUCGGGACAUGGCUUACGUUUUCAGCGGGGCCUACAUCCCCCUGAGCUGCAAGAUCAUCGAGCAGGUGCUGGAGCGCCGGGGCUGGCUGGGCCUGGAGGAGGUCGUGCGGCUGCUCAACGGCAACGAGUUUUCGGUCUCAGACAGCGCCGCGGAGGACAAUCCUGCCUGGGAGUCCCAGCGCGUCGUCCUCGCCGUCUUCCUGGGGGGCUGCAGCUUCUCCGAAAUCGCUGCCCUUCGGUUCCUGGGCAAGGAGAGAGGGUUCAAGUUCAUCUUCCUGACCACGGCCAUCACCAACAGCGCCCGCCUGAUGGAGGCCAUGAUCGAGGCCAAGGCGUGAGGCCCGGCCCGGCCCUGCCGCCCUCCGCGCCAAUAAACACCUCUCCCGGCACGGA